AAAGCCCUUUUAAAGGGUGUAGGGAUACCACGGAGCUACACGUCGCUAGCAGGUGCAUAACGCAGGGGAAAUCAUAAAUACGAGACGAAAGAUGGCAUAGCAUAUGGCGUUUGACUCUUUCCAACGAUAGAAGACACGUCCGACACAACACGUAACCUUGUGCUUUCGGUAGAAUAAUGUCACGAGUGGGUGCUAUCUGCUGACCUCCUUCCUCCAGAGUGACUGUGGUGUUUGCGUGUAGAAGCCUUUCACUCUAAUACCAACAAAAUGUCAGGUACUUACACACCAGCCCCUGGUGGGCCGUUCUCUGCUCUCACUCCAAGCAUGUGGCCUCAGGACAUUUUGGCCAAGUACCAUCAGAAGGAGCCCUCAGAACAGCCUGAACUCCAAUAUGACGAGUUUGGCUUCAGAGUGGACAUUGAAGACGAUGGGAAGCCCACGUCCUGGCUGGGCUCCGAAGGCUCACCCCAGCGUGAAGACCCCCAGCAGCGAUUGCGCUGGCAAGCCCACCUGGAGUUCACCCACAACCACACGGUGGGCGAUUUGACCUGGGAGCUCAUUGAUCCCGUCCUCCCACGCUCUGAGCGCCUGCGUUCCCUGGUGCUCGGUGGCAUACCUCACAGCAUGAGGCCACAGCUAUGGAUGCGUCUGGCUGGAGCUCUGCAGAAGAAGAGGACCUCGGAGAUCACUUACAGAGAAAUCAUUAAGAACAGCUCCAAUGACGACACCAGCACAGCUAAACAGAUAGAGAAGGACUUGUUACGGACCAUGCCAACCAAUGCAUGUUUCAGCAGUCUGACCAGCGUUGGAGUGCCGAGGCUAAGACGUGUACUGAGAGGCCUGGCCUGGCUCUACCCAGACAUUGGGUACUGUCAGGGCACUGGCAUGGUGGUUUCCUGUCUGCUGCUCUUUCUCGAGGAAGAGGAUGUGAUGUGGAUGAUGUGUGCCCUGAUUGAAGACCUCCUUCCUCCAUCCUACUUCUCCUCCACUCUGCUGGGCGUCCAAACUGACCAGAGGGUUCUCCGCCAGCUCAUUGUUCAGUACCUGCCAGCCCUCGACCGUCUUCUGCAGGAGCAUGACAUAGAGUUGUCGCUGAUCACACUGCAUUGGUUCCUGACAUCAUUUGCCAGUGUGGUGGACAUCCGUCUGCUCCUCAGGAUCUGGGACCUGCUCUUCUACCAGGGCUCAUUGGUGCUCUUCCAGGUCACACUGGGCAUGCUCAAGAUCAAGGAGGAGGAGCUCGUAUCAUCAGAGAACUCUGCGUCUAUUUUUAAUACUCUAUCGGACUUGCCAAGUCAGCUGAGAGAUGGGCCUGCAGUUCUCGGGGAGGCUAUGAGGCUAGCAGGGACGCUAUCCCAGGAAACACUGGAAGCCCACCGGCACAAGCACCUAGCCUACAUCCUAAAUGAACAGGCGCAGCUCAACAAUGGAAACAACACAACACUCAACACCAAUCUCAACAAGGUGGUGAGGAGACAAUCCCUGCGCAGGAAGUCCACCCUGAGCUCCCUGCUGUUUGGGGAGGAUGAGGCAGAGGCCCUGAAAUCCAAGAACAUUAAGCAGACAGAGCUGGUGGCAGCCUUGCGGGAGGCCAUCGCCCGCACUGCAGAGCACUUUCACUGUCUGGACCCACAUCACUCCAGCACUGUGAGUUCACACACUGCAGCACAGGACCUGACUCCUGACUACUCCAUGGAGAGCCACCAGCGAGAUCAUGAAAACUUUCUUGUGGUGUCUCGCAACCGACGGAGGCGGGCGAAGGCUUUGCUGGACUUUGAGCGACAUGAUGAUGAUGAAUUAGGCUUCAGGAAGAAUGACAUCAUCACUAUCAUCUCACAGAAAGAUGAACACUGUUGGGUCGGAGAGCUCAACGGCCUUAGAGGAUGGUUUCCAGCAAAGUUUGUGGAGAUCCUAGAUGAGAGAAGCAAAGAGUACUCAUUAGCAGGUGAUGACUCAGUGACAGAGGCAGUCACAGACCUGGCCAGGGGCACGCUGUGUCCGGCCCUAAAGGCCAUCUUUCAGCACGGUCUCAAGAAACCAUCUAUACUGGGAGGGCCUUGUCAUCCUUGGUUAUUCAUAGAAGAGGCAGCCAGUAGAGAAGUAGAGAGGGACUUUAACUCCGUCUAUUCCAGACUGGUACUGUGUAAAACUUACAGGUUAGAUGAAGAUGGGAAAGUUCUAACGCCAGAGGAGCUGCUGUACAGAGCGGUGCAGUCAGUCAAUAUGAGCCACGACACAGCACAUGCACAGAUGGAUGUCAAGUUUAGAUCUCUUGUCUGCGUCGGACUAAAUGAGCAGGUGCUGCACCUGUGGUUGGAGGUGUUGUGUUCCAGCAUGGCUGCUGUAGAGAAAUGGUAUCAUCCAUGGUCAUUCCUUCGCAGUCCUGGAUGGGUACAGAUCAAGUGUGAGCUCAGGGUCCUAUCAAAGUUUGCCUUCAGCCUCUCCCAAGACUGUGAGCUACCUGACAAGAAAGAGGAAAAGGAGCAGAGGCCGCUGAAAGAGGGAGUGCAGGAUAUGUUGGUGAAACAUCACCUCUUCAGCUGGGACAUUGAUGGAUAGACCCAAGCACAACACGGCUGAAUCCCUCCCUGUCCCACGUGUCUGUGUAUAUUUGAUGUCUCUACCUGUUUCUUACAGACUGUCAGUUAUAAAUUAGACACUGUUGUCUGCUACAGUAAGUGACUACUUCACAGACUCCAUCUGUCACGUCACCGUUCAGCAUUGGACUAAGGUUGACGAGUUUGUAUGUGCUGAGGCAUGUGUGCAUUAAGGUGCAUACUUUAUUUUAACUCAGCCCCAGUGUAGGA